AUGGUCCAAAUCAGUGAAGUGAAGGGCAACUCGCGCGAGAACAGAACCGCGGCCCACACGCAUAUCAAGGGUCUUGGUCUACGACAAGAUGGCACUGCGGAGGCUUCAGGAGAUGGUUUCGUUGGACAGGCAACUGCUCGUGAGGCAUGCGGUGUCGUUGUUGAUCUGAUCAAGGCGAAGAAGAUGGCCGGUCGUGCCGUCCUCCUGGCUGGUGGACCCGGAACUGGAAAGACUGCUCUGGCCCUCGCCGUGUCGCAGGAGCUGGGAACCAAAGUCCCCUUCUGUCCGAUCGUUGGUAGUGAGAUCUACUCUGCUGAGGUCAAGAAAACAGAGGCACUCAUGGAGAACUUCCGGAGGGCAAUUGGUCUCCGUGUUCGCGAAACGAAGGAAGUAUACGAAGGUGAAGUCACGGAACUUACCCCCGAAGAGACGGAGAACCCUCUGGGAGGAUACGGACGCACGAUCAGCCAUCUGAUCAUCGGCCUAAAGUCUGCCAAGGGCACCAAGAAGCUGCGCCUGGACCCCAGCAUCUACGAAGCCAUCCAAAAGGAGCGGGUCACCGUGGGAGACGUCAUCUACAUCGAAGCGAAUACCGGAGCCUGCAAGCGUGUCGGACGGUCCGAUGCCUACGCCACCGAGUUCGAUCUUGAAGCAGAGGAAUACGUGCCCGUACCGAAGGGAGAGGUUCACAAGAAGAAGGAAAUCGUCCAGGAUGUGACGCUGCACGAUCUGGACAUGGCCAAUGCGCGGCCCCAGGGUGGACAGGAUGUGAUGAGCAUGAUGGGACAGCUCAUGAAGCCCAAGAAGACCGAAAUCACGGAGAAGUUGCGCCAGGAGAUCAACAAGGUCGUCAACCGCUACAUUGACCAGGGCGUUGCGGAGCUCGUUCCCGGUGUCCUCUUCAUCGACGAGGUUCACAUGCUCGAUAUCGAAUGCUUCACAUACCUCAACCGGGCACUCGAAUCCUCCAUCUCCCCCAUUGUCAUCCUUGCCUCUAACCGCGGCAACACGGUCAUCCGCGGCACCGACGACAUCUCCGCCGCCCACGGCAUCCCUCCCGACCUUCUCGCCCGUCUCCUCAUCAUCCCCACCCACCCUUACUCUCCCGAUGAGAUCAAGACCAUCAUUCGCCUGCGCGCCAAGACAGAAGGCCUCAACAUCACCGACCCCGCCCUGGAGAAGGUUGCCGAGCACGGCAGCAAGGUCAGCUUGCGGUAUGCUCUGCAAUUACUCACCCCGGCUAGUAUCCUUGCCAAGGUGAAUGGACGCCCAGGAGGUAUCGAGGAAGCCGACGUGGCAGAGUGCGAAGACCUGUUCCUUGAUGCGCGGAGGAGCGCCACGAUCGUGAACCAGGAUAGUGAGAAGUACCUCAAAUAA